GCUUAAAACACGUGUGUUUUUAAACUACUAUUGUUUGAUGUCGAGUCGGAGAUAGAAGACUAGCCUAGCAGAAUACAAUGUGUUGUGACCGUUGUACUUGUAGGGAUGUUUUAUUCAGACUGCGGCAAAAAAUAAAGCUCUACAAUCAAAAACAUUACAACCAAUUAACUGCAUUAAUGAGAAAAGCAUACUCCCUCUUUCGGUUUUUACUGUACUGUGUCUUUAAAAUGUACACGCGAGUCAUACAUUGUCCCAUAGCGUGGCGUGGUCUCAUUGGCUCUGCCUUUGAUUUGCUGUCACCGUUUUCAAAUCAGACGAAGCCACACAAGUAAUAUGAGGCUGACGCGGAAAUCAAAAUCUGGUAAAGUGUGUUUUUUUUUUUUUUUUUUUUUAACCGGGUGUCUCUGAACGUUACCAUUUUUAACACGCGGGGUUCUUCUAUGUGGAUUUAUGCAUUGAGAAGAAUCAAAUAAGCCAUUAUUGUAUUUAAAGCUGAACUGAUUAUCAAUUAUUUUAGUAUACUCACUUUUAUUGUCACCUCUACACGAAUCACUCCUUGUAAAAAAAUGCAAUUUGUAAAUAUAGUAACGUUAUUGACACUUACUAUAGUUUUGCACAGUCCCUGUUCAUUGGCUGGCGAUUCAAAAACAUCCUGUGCAACGUGCCGGACAAUAGUUGACAACUUUGUUAAGGGUUUAGAUAAAACAGCUAAAAAGAAUUUCGGGGGAGGAAACACUGCCUGGGAGGAAAGAGCAUUAUCAAAAUAUGAAACUAGUGAGAUUCGUCUAGUGGAGAUCCUUGAAAACCUCUGUGACAGCAGCAGCUUUGAAUGUAACCACAUGGUAGAAGAACAUGAAGAGCAAUUUGAAAACUGGUGGUUCAAAAAGAAGGAUAAAUACCCAGACCUUUUAAAAUGGUUCUGCAUAGACAAUAUUGAAGUGUGUUGUCCUCAAGGAACCUUUGGUCCUGACUGCAACGCUUGUGUUGGAGGGUCUGAGAGGCCAUGUCAUCACAAUGGUGACUGUGAUGGUGACGGCACUAGAAGAGGGGAUGGGAAAUGUCGGUGUAAUAAAGGAUACAAAGGAGAUUUCUGUUUAGAAUGUGAUGAUGGAUAUUUUAAUAAAGAAAGAAAUGACACAUUCUCUCUGUGCACAGAAUGUCAUGAGUCAUGCCAAACCUGCUCUGGCCCAACUAACAAGGACUGCAAUGAAUGCAAAAGUGGCUGGGUACAGGAUGAUGAAAAAUCCUGCAAUGACAUGGAUGAAUGUGCAAAUGAGACAUCUCCUUGUAAAGAAAACCAGUAUUGCCACAAUAAAGAAGGCUCCUACUCCUGCAAAGCCUGUGAUGCUGCAUGUACAAGUUGUUCUGGGGAGGGUCCUGAAAAAUGCACAGGCUGUUCAUCUGGAUACACUGAGGAAGAUGGAAAGUGUACAGAUAUAAAUGAAUGCAGCCUCCCUGACAAAUCAUGCUUGCGUGAAAAUGAGGACUGUGUUAACACCAAAGGCAGCUUCAAAUGUGUUUGCUCUCAAGGCUUUGAAGACAAAGAUGGAGCCUGCAUACAAACUGAAGAAACAGAGGAAAACAUGGAAGAUGAGGAUUCUUCAGAAACUGUAUCGCCUGACAAUGUGCAUGAGGACCUAUAAUGUUUUCUAACCUUUGCUGCUCUAUAACCACUUCAUUUAAAUUAUUUGAAUUGUAUCAUCAACUUGACUGCACUAUCUGGACAAAUGUUUAUAACUGAAAUAUCUGGGGAGACAAACCGCUUACAUUGAGAUUAAUAGAAUUAAAUGUGGCCAUUACAUUGUUUUUUGUGUACUCCAAAUGCACUUACUUUUGUAAAAGGGAUGUCUUUUUUGGAGAAAAAUAAAUUAAACCUUAAAUGUA